UACUAGAGGCUAGGAUGCCCGUAGGUGGCACCAGGGAAAGACUAUGCCCGGAUCUAAGAGGAAGCAGGAGUACCCAGAUUCUGAGAUUCUGAGAGGCUGGACGGCUGGUUCUCGGAGGACUGCACGUUAAAGUUCCUGACCUGCUCCGGUCCAGUUGGAUUACACCGUUUUUAGGAUCCUCCCCCCAAACACACCGCAGCCCCGAACUCUGGCGGGGGAUAGCGCCCAGGUGCUAGAAGCACUGCUCGUGGGCCCACACGCGAGAUCGUCUCCAAGGGGGGUUUCCAGCAGGUUCUCGGAGGACCCCAGCUGGCCCCGCCCCACCAUGUGGCCGCAGCCCCUGCUGCUCCUGUUCCUGCUCUUGGCAACCACCCCCGAAGACCAAGCUGCACCCAUCUCCGUCCUUGAGCAUGCCCACGGGCGCAAUCACGCCCCAGGGGGUCCCGACACUUCCGAGAGUCCGGAGAUGGGUUCCAUGGGCCUGCUGGGUAUCCACAACCUCCUCCGCAACCUCAACCGCCUCUUCUUUCGGGAGGAUCUGUUUCGGAACAUGGACAGCCUCAUGACACCUUCGGUGGACUUUAGGAACCUUCCUCCCAAUUACCACAAUGAGGACCAGAAACAACACCUCUUGAGUAACAGCACUAUCUAUAGCCACCACCAGAUAGACAAGGUGACUGAUAAUCGGACCGGAGAUAUGAUGUUUUCGGAGAAGGUGGUGGCUGAAAUUGAGCCUUCAGAAGGGAAUGUGGAGGAUGAUUGGAAGGAACCUGAAGAUGAAGAGAAUGAACCACCCCAGCCUCUCCGAAGCAGUGGACUGAGCAGCUCCCAUGUCGAAACCCAUCCCAGAGUGUCUUUCUGGAUCUUCAGGCUGCCCCGUCAGCUGGCCGUGGGGGACAGUCGGGUGGGGAACCGCUGGCUCAGCGAGAAGAGUCACCGGCUUCAGGCUAUCCGGGAUGGGCUUCGGGAGGGAGCCCACGAGGAAGCCCUCUUACACGUCCGCCCUAUGCCUAGCAGGGCCCGUUUUCUCUAUCUCCUAAGGCCACCUCGGCAGCUUUAGGCUAUGGGGUUGGCCAAGAGGCAGGCUGAGGGCAGUGGCAGAGAUGAGAGGGUGCCUGCAGGCAUCAGCCCCUCAGUCCCCUUGGAAAUAAAUAAAAGUUCUAUCUUCAGUGAAAAUGGCAUCAUGGCUGUCA